AUGUCUCGAUUCCUUUCCAUCAUAGCCACCGUGCUGGCCCUAGCCUCAAUCGUCGCAUCAACCGGCCUGCUAGUACCACUAUACGCCUGGCCCGGCACAGACGCAUGGAGUGCAAUCUACGAAUCGAUCCAAGCCCACCCUACCACACCAUUCUACCUCAUCAUCAACCCAUCUACGGGUCCCGGUGAUACAGAAUAUCCAGACGAAGCGUUCAUAACGGCUAUCGCGAAGCUGAACAGCUAUUCCAACGCCAAAGUUCUGGGCUAUACCCAUACAGAUCAAGGCACACGAGCCAGUAUCGAGGUCGAGCAGGACAUCGCUACCUACGCUAAAUGGGCCACCUACUCAGAGAAGAACAUCAGUCUCUCCGGCAUCUUCUUCGACCAGGCGCCGGACGGUGAAGAUCGGAGCAAGCUCGCCUAUUUCCAAAACCUGUCGAGGAACUCCAAGAGCAGUAGCUUGAACACUGUCGUCUUCAACCCUGGGGUUAAGCUCGUGGCUGAUGCCGAUGAGUGGUUCGCAGCAGCGGACUUCAUUGUCGAGUAUGAGAACACCUAUGCCAAUUGGGUGGCUCUGGCUCCUGGUGAGCAUUUCUGGACGCCCGGACACCAUCAACAGAGUGCUGUUCUUUUGAAUGAGACGCCUGAGGAUGCUAGCAUUGAUGGCGUUGUUCGGUCAGCGAAGGGCAUGGGGCUUGGUGCUACCUACCUGGCCUCGGAUAGUGACUACAUGAGUCUCAGCACUGUGCCCAAGGUUGCUGUUGCUGUUGCGCGAGACCGCAUUGCGAGGUGCAAAAGGCACCGUGGACAUUAA